CACGAUGAUGGUUUGCUUCAGGUGUCUCUCGGAGUCCAACUCUCUCCUCAUCCGUUCACUAUCUGAAUCCACAUUCUCUGACACUAGACAUGGCUUACUGUAACAACACCUGGAUAGAAUGUCAGAUUUACAGACUAUGUUAAAUGCACUUGACUCACCUUUACUAGCUCUCGAGCAGAUUUCGACUUUACAAACCACGGAUACGAUCGACUGGAUGGCUGUGGAGCCCAUUAAUUGACGACACACAGAAUACCGUAGGAUGCGAGGUCUGUGGUUCACGACAGUCGUAAAAUACGAGACGUCACCACAGAUCUACGAGAGGCAUCCUAAGAGACUUCGGUCUUAACUUCACGAGGUUGCAUGCGGCCUUCUUUACUGUACACCAUUUCUUCAGGCUUAUUUGUGUCACUCAUAGUACUCGGUAUAGUGCACUCACACUCUGACUUACGGGGCUCUCACUGGCGCGAGUGGUAUUUAGAUGAAGAAAUGCGAUACAUAAUUGCCUCAUGCCAGGCCAAUGUGCUAAUCUACGGCAACGCACGAGCAUACAUCGCAUAUCUCGGUUCAUCGAACAUCCUCAUGGAUUUGCUGGCGACUUCGUUGGUUUCAACCAGCUCAGUCAAGGAACGUGCACGGUGGGCGGCUCUUGUUGCAAGAGGAUCACGACCGCGAUUCUCCCCACCACUCAACCACAGCAUAGUCAUUAAAAUCGGACACAGGACGCUGGAGGAUAUUAGCCGAACGAAGCGUACUAGUACGGCUAGCUAUGACGCUAUUGAUCAAGACGUUGAAGCUUGGUGAAAUGCGACCCCGACUGGUAUGCCUCGCGGAUGGUCUCAAGAGCUAUCUUCAGAGUCAACCUAUACUUUGCGCAAGUGCAC